CAUCGUCUGUGUUGACGCCAGCUUGUGUGCAACUGUUAGCACUCGAAUACUCAUGUUGACAAGCGGUUAAGAUUUACUUCUUACGUCCUUCGUGCCAAUAAUCCGCAUCGUUGUGUUGCCACUUGUGAAGUGUAACGAGUCUUGGGGGAGACCGUCUUAUCUGAUGGGUCCAAUUGCGCAAAAUCAAAGUCCUUGAACUCAGAGUCCGGAGUCCACGCCGCUAGCCUCCUGUUGGACAGCCUGCACACCGUCAUGGCGACAGGUACUCGCUCAAAUGUGGGCAUCCGCUCCGCCGCUGUGGCGUCACAAGUCUCAGACUGACGGAUAGAACUCCCUUAUCCGGGGUGAUCAUUUUUGCCCAGGUCUAGUGGUAAGCUGUGGAGAGGUCUACAUCCAAGAUCCAUGCAGCUAGACAGGCUUCUUGCACGGAUGAUCGCACAUGCGGGGUCAAGAGAGUAUCGUGGCCAAAACGGAACGGGAAUCAGCGGGCCCUGUGCUGGCGUUGGUUCCGGCACGCAUGGGUGGCCGGAUCGCGUCAGACGCUGAAAGAAAAACUCAAUUUUUCUUAUGCAGAUGGACUUCAUCAGGUAGAGCAAACAGCUCCCUCGGCCCACGGCUGUUUCCCGCGCCAGUGCCUCGGUUAGAGACGGGCGGCGAUGCGUGUUGAGCAUCUGCAGUUCAGAAAAACUUAUAAAGCCCGCUCCCCUAAAACCAAUCCGCAACACC